AUGCUAGCGAGCUACGACCGCUUAAUAGCAAUAUGGAAGCCUAUUUACCAUAAAAACGAAAAUACUAUACGUAAAUCAGUUAUCGGUAUAUGCGUUGUGUGGCUCGGUUGCUCUCUAUUUGGCCUGCUACCUAUUAUCGUGCCUGGAGUCGGCAAAUAUGAUAUCAUAUCUGGUUUACUGGUCGGUUUCGUCGGUAGUUUAGCGUUGGUGUUGUACGGAAUAGCUAUUGCCUUUCCACUACUGGUGGUAUGGCUGCUAGUCGGAGCAACUUGGUUCGUAGCCAAGCAGCAUAAUAAAAAACGGCGCAAAAUGACAUCAAGAAGACAGAACAACAAAGGUCGAGAACAGAAGCUGAAUAAAGUUCUGCUCUUAAUGGUCGGAGCAUUUUCCGUCAGCCUUUUGCCGGUAUUCGUAUCUAUUCUUGCGGCAGAAUUGGCUAGCGGUAUAGCUUACUCCAGGCCCGAGUCGUUGAGUCUUUCGAGCGCGCUAGCGUUCACUUCGUUUGAGUUGGUUGCAUCAAUUAUUUUGAUGUUAAAUAGCUUGUGGAAUUUUUUGAUCUAUAGCGCAAGAAACGAAGACUUCAGAAAAGAAGCGAAACGAAACUAUAAAGGCCUUGCUGGCGCACUUGGAAUCCUGAAAUGUAUCGACUUUUACAACCGAUGUGUCAAUAAUGUAAACGAACGCAGGAGAUCGAGCGCUUUCAGCACUCGAACUAUGAAAACGACGUCAAUGUCUUUUCCAUCUGAAGCAACCAGGCCAUCAGUAUCAUGA